AUGACAGAAUUAGUGGGCUCACAUCCGUCAAUUCAGAUUAAAAGGGGAAAAGGUUAGUUUCUUAUUUUUGCACAACAAAACUCACUAUUCAAUUCAACUGCAACAGCUGAUUUUUCAACUGAAUGUCAAGAGCGUUUAUUGGUUUCUCGCUCAAUUUUGAGCCGAUUCCACAAUGAUAGCCGGAGAGUUCUUAUCUUGUUUGCCUUCUUUUUAGACGGGCAAAUGUGAAUCGAAGACAACCUUUUUCACUGAACCUGCGUCCUUCUGAUUCCACCUAACGUGACAACACUCCAAACAGCAAAUGGGUGCUCAAAGAAGUUUAAAAAUGUAAGUAAGGGGUUUCAUUCUUGCACAGUUUUAGUCAUUUUACUGACCUUACAUAUCCUUAACUGGAUCUAGAUAAAAGCCAAAGUUAGGUGAAUCUCCACUGAUGCAUUCUGACAAUGAAUUUUUUAAGUAAGAAGUAAAUUGGUCAAUGAAGUUAAGCCACACAUAACCGCCUCCAUGCAUAUAAAGCGACUGUGUUCAAAGGGGCCAACGAAAAAGGAGAGGCACAAAAAACCGAUUCCUAAAUGAUCUAAUUAGAUUUUUUGCAAGUUAAAACUUGCAAGCUCCCCUCUCUGAUCCGGACAAGAGACGACCCCCCGAGUCGAGAAAGUUUACGUGCAUGGCAGCGGGCGCUAAUUAGGUGGAAACUUGAAAUUUAGAAACAAUAUAAUAACAACUGAACAUGUAACUGUAAAGAGGAGAUUCAAUUUAAAAUAAAUUACCUAAUUUAUAUUUUGUCCCACCCUUAAAUUAGCAUUACGUUUAGUUUAAAGAGAAAGUGGGUGUGUCAGCCAAUCAAAUUGCAGAAUUUGUAAUUGGUAAGCUAGUUGGCUACUUAUAAUUCUACCUGUAUAUACUUGAAAACCCUCCCUUGUGCUGCAUUAAGAGAUCUUGAAUAGAUUUAUUUGUACUGUAAAGCAUUGUUCACUGUUGUUUAUAGUAAACUUUGCAUAGCGUAUAUUUCUUUCCAAGAAACAAAAUGUUUUUGUCAGAAACGUCUUGCAGCGGUCUUAAAUCACCUUUAGCAGUUGCGUGCAAAAUAGAAAGGAAAGUCAACUUGUGGUAAACUUAUCAACCUGAGACGCAUUACAGUGAACCGCGCCCAUCGAUCAGCAUCACAUAUUGAAGAUUGGGGCAAUAUUGAAAUCCUAACGUGGGUAAACAUUUUUAAUUAAGUCCCUAGCAAGCCUUUGUUCACCGUUCACCAUUCCGUAUCCGGCUUAGCCAAGACAACUGGCGUCCGGUCGAGGAAUUCAGUCGACAAGGUGCUCAUUUGAACUAAAAAACAAACGAAAAAUAAACAUUAAAACUAAUCAACUUAGUCACCGGAUACGCAUAUUUUAUUUCAGGCCGCAUAGAACAGAUGGACGCAUCCAUUUGUGCUUGGCCAAUAUGUGUAGUAGCUUUCGUGCCCCUGGGUUUCGUGCUCGGCACCUUGUUUGUCAGUGUUUUCAUCAGGAACGGAAACACUUGUCACUGAUCAGAGCAGUAGAACAUGUACAUCUAAUCCGUCGUUUUCUGGUAUUACUAAGUUAAUCCCUUUAAUAUCUACUCUAACAUUUUGAAGUUGACUUUAAAGAUCGUAAUUUUAAUCCCCAAAGUUAUCUUCUUCGGCGAAACAACUUUUAAGACAUGAUCAUGCAAUGUUUUCUAAUGUUCUACGAAGGAACAGUCCCCCCAAAUUUAGUAUAACUGAUAUAUAUGGAAAAAUAUUUCUAAAACUGAAGUCAUAAUACUUAUCAAGUAAGUUUUCAGCUGGCAACAAACUUUACUAUAGAGUGUAACUACAAUGCCCAAAAUGGACCUGACAUCUUUUUGUUGAGAUAUAUAAAUUAGUAUUAGGUGUAAAAUUCGUAAUGUACUAAUAGACUCAUUAAUCAUGCACUCAACAAUAAAAGUGUGCACUUUUUAUCGAUCUAUUUCGCUGUUUUCAAAGUCCUGGUGAUUGGAACAACCUGUAGAAAACACUAGAAUUUCUUGAAAUGAAAUCCUAGCCCUCGUAAACAAAAAGUCAGUCAAGGAUUAUGCAAUGCUUUAUUCCGUAAGUUCUGUUGUUGACAUUUUAAUUUAACUCAAGUGCAAUUUCGAGGAGCACUUUUUACCUUUGUGUAUUUGCCAGAUAAAGGUCGAAAAAGUGUUGAGUUUGAUAUUAAAGGGAAGCAGGAGUCAAUCCAUGUAAAGGGAAAAAAAUCAACUGAGAUCUCACCGGGAUCUUAAAAAGGAAUUACGCUAUCACGGUUCCCCCGUUCAGUGCAUCUUAGCUUAUCUAUCUAUACCGUCACUAAUUGAUAAUGCAUUCUCCAGACUCAGCAUAAAAGGAAGGCAGAAAUGUGGCUUCGUUGCUGCGUAAGGGUAUUAUGCCUUUGGAUUUGCUUAUUGCGCGUUGCCGUUAUUGUUUAGUCAGUAUAUUGUUCUGCAAAAAGUUGACAAGAGUUGGACAAAAGAGCUAGACUAGUAUAGUAGAAAGCAAACAAAACAUCUUUGUUUCUCCAAAGUGGUUCAGCGAUAUUGCAAGAUUUCAAGUGUCAUGACCUGAAAAAGUAAUGUGGCUUACCUCAAGAAGCUGCAAUUAUUUAAGUUGGAAUGUCUUUUUAAUUUGUGCCGUCCGUCGGUUCUGAAUAUCGUAAUCAAGGAAAAAUGAGUUUGUAAGCUAUAAAAGUGACGUUUGUGCUGCGUUUUUCCAAGUUUUGGUGGCUUAAUUACUCACCCCCUGGGAGCACAUUUACAACUGCGUCACUAGGCAACGGCGCGGUUCAGAGGAGGAAGUGUGUGAUAAACUGAUUUGCAGCAUGUGACUUCAUAUCAGACCUGCAAGACGUGCCAUACCAAACGUAUUUCGCUGCUGGCACUUGGCGCGUUUCGGAUUUCAUCCAUCAUAAGAAGCAUGGUGAUAAAAACUUACACGGAGUCUUCGUUCUUUCGUCUGAAACUCUCACACUACAGCAUUUUUUUAGCUUAAAAACUUCGCUUGGGGAAAAAAAAUUCUCGUUCACCACUCGCUGCUUCAACGUUGCAGAAGAUAUCCGUCUGGUGCCAGGACUAUGAAAAUGCCCGCCGAAAAUCGUAGACCCAAAACUUCCUUUUCCGUUUCGAAGAACACAAUGUAAGUUUACUCUUCAUCUUUGCAUUACACAGUUUAUUGUUACUUUGAGAUGUUUAGUUCCAGCUUUUAGAUGCACUUUUUCUUGUAGGCCUCUGAACUAGAUAACCCUUGCGUGAAAAUAGACUACAAAAGGGUGUUUUAAGCUUUCUUUGAAGACAAAUUGUUAGACGCGAUUAAUUGAUGUUUAUGUUGACCUACUCUGACCUUCUCAUUUGUAUCUUGCUUAACAGAAGUAUUUGUGCGCCGUAUACUUGGGAAGUUAGCGUGUUUGCAGCUUUAAGAAAUCUCACGAAAUUUCUCUGUUUUCUUUCCCUAUUUUGCAACUGCUAUGCGCGUUGUCGUUUUCAAUUACAUGAAAAUAGCUCGCUAAUUCACUUCAAGUGCUCUUCUGUUAUCUCUGUCUUAAAUGAUACGUUUUAUUGCAAGCACUUCUGCUAUGCGUCUCUUUCAAAGUAGUGGAUGUCAUCGCCGAGCAUCUUUAAGUCUUCACAGUCUCAUAUCACAAGUAAGCAGCAAGUACACCUUUCCAUUGUACGUUGAUUUGCACUACGUUUUUUUAACGCAGAGCUUAACUGGGCUCAAAGGAGGCUAGCUAGGCCAUUCCGGCUUUUGUAAUAAUAAUCACGCUAAACAGAUAAAAUUAGGGCUUCUAAACAUUUACAACCGGUCGAAUUUUGCUUUGUGAGAGCUCAAGCUUUUUCUUGUUUGCCGUUAGCUUUCGUUAACUUGUCUCAGUAAUAUAACUAGAAAAUUUGCGGACUGUUAUUGGUUAUCCAACAAAGGUUGCUCAAGUAACGCAAGGGUAGUAAUGUAAUUGCCCCCUGAUGACAUGGUUUUGUUGUCCACUGAUUGUGUACAAAACGUCUUCGUUCUGGUUGUUAUUAAAAUAUGCACGCUUGGGUAGCUUGUGAUAAAAGCCAUUAUGAAAACUAGUUCGAUAUCUCUGGUGAGCUAUACAUUGUAGGUUGUGAGGAAUUUUUGUUGUGGUUGACGAAUGUUUUCGAACAGCGAUAUAGGUCUGAUCGAUCUUUUUAGUUUAUUCAAUUGAAUCUGGUUAACACUGCAAGAUAGCCCAUGUCUUUGCGCAGAUCUAGAAGGCGCAUGAGAGAAUAAAAAGAGAUUCCGUUUGAAUUCGAGUGAGUUUAUAACAUCCUAAUAAUUCAUUUUGUCCGACCCAUGUAGAGACGAGAUUGGCGUAAAUUUGCGCACGCGUGCUAAGUACGCGUUUCCAGGUGGUUGGCGUCAGCCAUAAUUAACGCUGCUCUGAAUUCUGAUUGGUUCAUUACUUUAUCUUUGUCAAUUGGUUGAUUCUUUAAGGGCUACCAUGCUUUUGUUUUCUCUAGGAACAUUUGUUUCAAAACAAGUCCCGUGAAUUGUACACGCUUUCGUACUGGCUAUAGGACUAGUGCUUGUCAUUUCUUAAUAUAAGUCUUAUACUGGUUUUGUUUUGUUUUAGUUAUGAGACAAAAACCGAUUUACAUCAUUUGAUCUUAUGGAUGUUAAGAGGUUUUUGGCUGGAUGGUUCGAACCUAAUGCGAUGAUAUUAUGUUCAAACCCAAAGCAAGUGCACUAAAAAGAACGGUUCCAUUUUUAUUUGUCUUGAUUGAUAAGCUCUCCUUUAAAAAUUGAGUGGCUGAAAUUUUGUUCCUACAAAACGCAUGUAAAACGUUUAGCUUUUACCUCUGGAGUGUACAAGAACCCGAGCUUCUUGCGUUGGGCCGGCCGGUAAAUCGACUCUCUAAAAGAGCUUUGUACAGAAAAGUGCGACAGAUUUUCUUCUAAAUCCUAAAAUAAAACAUUCAUGAAAUUUUUGCUUUAAUCCCCCCUUUCCAUUAAACUAGCAGUAGCAGACAAAAAUAUCGAAGAUUUGCGUUCGAGUUAUUGUCAUGUCUCGAAACUGUAAUCCGAUUUUAAGAGCGCAAUAUCAGAAGAUCUGAGGUUUGUUUCAAGGUUGCUUGAAUUGAACUGGAUGGAUAUUUUUUGGGAGCAAAUAGGUCGAAUUUUGACAGCAUGCUCAAAACACUUUAGACCUGGUAAGUUAAGCAACUUUCUGCAUGACCCGUACUUGAUAAUCAAGCUUACCACAGGUCCCUCAAUAUUUAACUUGCCGUAAUAGGCUGUUCGUGAUGUACGGAUGAAAUAAGCGUUCUUUUCUUUUCUGGCUUUAAGUCGAUCUUACUUGUUUUCUAUGCAACGAUGACGUGUGUGUUUCCAAGCUGCAGCGCACGGAAUCUUAGAGUUGACUAACUAAAACUGGGUGGCCUAUUUAGCCGGGGUUCGAAAACGUGUCGGUGAACACAAGAGUUAACAAAUUGAACUGGAAAUAGCCCCUACAGAAAGAAUCGGUAUCUAAUGCCUGUUAAGCCGGCGCACGUUCUUCUCAAUGUAACGACUUGCAAAAAAGCGAAUGGCGACAAUCUGACUAAUUUAUUCCUUUGCUGUAUCAUUUCUUUCUGCAAUGAAUUACUUUCUUACCAAAAAUAAACUGAUAAAUUGGUGUGCUGCUCACUAAAUCUGUUUUUAAUGCUGCCUUUAACGCCUGUAGCGGAGCUUCAAGUAACAAAAUCUGGUCUAAUCUCGUACCCAGAUCUCUUGUUGACGAGGCCGACAGGAGAUCUGGGUACAUACGCACAUACAUAAACUUUAUUUUAACUCGAAUUUACAGAGUAGCUUUAUUGAGCUAAUAUUUCCGAGCACGAGAUUAAAUCUGGUCAGGUGUCGGUGUGAGAAAGUUUGGUUAUGACGUAACCGAAUUACGGAGCGCUUUCCACUCAACAAAAAUUCCGGUUUGAAUUUUUUUUUUCCAAUAUAUUUAUUGAUAAUCACAUUAAAUAAUUACAGUUACAAUACUACAGAAAAAGAAAAAAAAAAACACUUUAACAAUAGACAUUAACAGAGUAAAGCAAGAUUAAUUAUUAAAUUAUUAAAUUAAUACAGGGCUAAAAGAGACUAUAAAAAGUACAACAGGGCAAUGAAAUAAUACGAAGUUAAUGCCGUUAACUUAAAUAAGGCGUCAGUAUCAUCUUUCUUUUAAAGAAUUCUUUGUUGCUGAUUUUUUCUUCUGUUUCGUAUUUAGCGAUGAUCUUGGCCCUAAAUCCAUAAAUGUUUGGAAAGAUUUGUUUGCUCCUACAGUCCCACAAAUAGAGUUUUCCAAUAAUUAUAAAAUAGUUCAGCAGUUGAAGUAAAGGGUAAGUAUUUUCCGUCAAAAUUCCAAACAGCACAUUUUCCAAGCAGAGACGAAUUCGUUGAUUCGAAAUAAGGCACCAAUAAAGUUCAAAAUCAAUCCAAAACUGUUUAGAGCGCGAGCAGUGAUAGAACAAAUGAGUUUGAGGUUUGAAAUUUACCUGUAGGAAAUUCCACGUGUCAAGCCACGUGUACGGUUGCACAGACUCGACCCAAGCCACCGCGCGUUUGGUUAUUGUUCUUGUAAUCAGGAUACAAAAGAGCGGUACUGGGAACAACAAUUUUAUCACAAGACCAAGAAAUUCACGAUACCCGCCAUCUUUGGACGCGCUAAAGGACUGAUGGGAAAAAAAGAGCAAUGUCAACUGGUUUCUCAGGGGUUAAACAAAUGAUAAAAGCUGCCAAUUCAAGAAAUCACCGUCGAGUUUGUUUGCUCUAGACAACAGAAAAUAAAGAACUUUCCAUAAUAAAGUCGACAAUGGCAAUUUAUGGGUAGAAGUAAUCAUUGUUACUUCUUUGGAUGCUGUAGCGACCGUAGAUGUCCUCACAGCAAACAAUAAUGUCGUAAAUCUUGUCGAAACUCGAAAUGGCUUUUCGCUAGAAGAUUGAAUCGUCGUCAUGUUUUGAUAGCAUAAACAAACUCGACCACGAUUUCUUGCAUUGGCAGCUUUUAUCAGUUGUUUGCCCCCUGAGAAACCACGUGACAUUGCUUUUUUCCCAUCAGUCCCUUACCACGUGCAAAGAUGGUGGGUAUGGUGAAUUAGGUGUAAUGGAAAGGGACAUUUCGGUCCGACCAACCAAAAUGACCAGACCGGUCAAAGUGGACUACCUUCAAAGGUGGUACCAAAUAGGCGCGAUCCAUUCAACCAAAAUCCAGACCGGUCCAACCGAGAAAAGAGGACCCCCUCAAAAGGUGGACCUGUUUUUUCGAAACUUUUCAGGUUGGACCGAACCGAUCCAUUGAGUUUUGGACCGAAAUUUCCGGAAAUUUUGGUUGAAUGGAUCGCGCCCAAUAUUUCGGUCGGACCGAACCGAAAUGGUCCGUUCCAUUUUGUGGGCGUCAGCUGUCCAACUCUGUAAGCCAAAGUGAUGGUGCUUUUUUGGCGGGAAAUCGUGUGGCAACCCGCCACAUGAUUUGGGCGGGAAAAAUGAAUAGGAAACUGAAGAUAACAACAAGAAAGCAAAAAAAGGUGUCGUAAACGUUGUAACCAGAAAGGAAUUUAUCGCUGCUCUACGGCAUACUAUUUGCUGAAUUUGAUGAGGACAAUCAGAUAUACUUUCUAGAGUCCAGGUGACAACUUACUCGUUUGCUUGUUUUAUGAAAGCUUAUUGUGGGGUAUUGUGAAUUGGCAGUUCAUUUGCAUAAUCAGUUUAAGCUUAUAUUUAGCACAGAAAUUAUUUAUUUUGUUAAAUUUAGUCUGACUAGCAUUUGGUUUUGACUCAGGCUUAAAUAAUAUUGUGCUUAUAAAACGCAAGUUUUGUCUUUCUCAUUUGGAUGGCGGGCGAUGAGUUUAAAUUGUACAAAGCAGUUCGUGGCCGAUUCUUCGGAUCUGCUGUACUUUCACAUUUAAUUGCUUGGUUUAUUGUGCUUUUCCCUAAGUGGCCUUGCACGUGGGCGCGAAGUAUGAUGUUUUAAUAGUAGCAGUUCGGAGGAGAAUAACGAGCGAAAGAGCUCAUUACAUCAAAAAUCUAUGGUAUCUUAAACUGAAACUAUUCAUUAAACCAACACCAAAAAAAUAACCUUAACUCACCUAGAAAUUUUAAUAUACUUCAACACCAAUAAACCACAUCAACUUUUUUUUUUUUCAGGCAGAAUACCAUUUAUAUUAGAAAACCGCAGGUAUCUCAGGAGGGGGGUGCGCACCCCUUAACCCCUAGAUCCGCGCCUGUAAAAUACAAUACGUUAGUCAUUCUGGUAUACAUGUAGUUACACUGGAUCAAUGAAAUUCCUCUACGCAAUUUGGAAAAGCCAAGAAGUGGAUUUUUAGUUAAAUUAAGUUUACUUCUCGUAGCUUUUGUCGUUAGUUUACUCAUUUUAGAGUUCCCGGUGUCACAGCUUAUGUUUGAAACGACUUGGAGUGUGUGCGCGUAAUAAAUCAGGCUAAAUAGAUAAAAUAUUAUAAUUAUUAUUGUUAUUGCCGGUUUUUGUCUUAUGCUAAAUUGAACGAAUAAUGGUUGUUUUAAAGUAAAGCAUUUCUACCUGAAUAGAACUAAGUAAGAUUGUUUUUUGCGUGCUCGGAAUUGAGUCAACUUCAUGUCACCCAACUCAAGAUCAGCAUUAUAAAUCAGUCUCGUAUUUCGAUAUGACUACGAGAGGCAAUAAGAAUGUUGUUUUCGAAGACAAGAAAAGACAAGAAUGGCGCUGAAAGUAUUAUGCAUGGAUUUCUGACCUGAUAAUAGUCUUGUCGGUACUGACUCCAUAUCAAAGUGAUUAGCAAUUGUUUUUCUUGAUUACUAAUUUGCAUUGUGAGUGGAACCUUUUUGUUUCCUUGGUCGCCCUAGAUUCAAAUAUUUGUUGGUGAAUAAAUGUUAAGCGUUAAGAUAAAUGGCACGUGAGUGAAAUCUUUAGGAAGUACCAUGGAAAAGUCUUUUAAAUGACGGAUCAUGACUUAGCGAGGUAAAGUUAUAAGUACCUAAUUCUAUUUUAGGUGUAAAAGUGACGUAUUACACAUAGCACUUUUCUCUACGCACAAGGGCCAAGCUCGCAAAGCUAAAUCCUUAACAUUGCUUAAGAUUAGUGGACGGAUUUUUAGGUACUUAAUGGUAUAAGUUGAUGGAGUGUUUGUUGACUUAGAGAGUUUAAUCUUGCUCUUUCAUGAUCCAAAGAUCAAAGUUUUUUUUUCACAUUUUUCACAUUUUCUAACAUAAAAAGCCUAGCUAGCAUCAAACACUGUUAUAAAUAGAUUCUAUUUAGCAAAUGGUCACAGUUUAUGAUUUGGUCAAGGAAACAGGGGACUUCAAAAGUCUUGUGGACCGAGAGAGAAACAAAUUUUAAUUCAUGUGAACCUCGUGAUAAAUCCUGGCCGCUAGCAAGAACUUUCACUCGUUGAGAAUCCACUGGAAUCGCUAUACUUUAGCAAAAAGUAUGUAGCCCUAAUCGGCGACGUCAUAGCGAUACACUCUUGUGAGUAUACGUGAACGUUUAAAAUAAUCAGAUAUGAACAAUUAUCUACAAACUAUUAGCUUACUCCAGCAAUUGUUAUAAUAAUUUUGUUGUUGUUAGGAAGUACCGAUUAAAAGUUAAAAAUAGUGAUGGAAUCAGAACUGAAUUAUCAGGUAGAGACUAUUUUAGUUACCAACUGCGAAAUGAAGCAAAAUGUUUAAGAUGAAUUCGUUCAAAAUGGUGUUUGUUCAGCAGAGUAAUUAGUUUAAAACAUCGGCAACAAAGACAUAAAAGUUUUUUUUGUCAAACUCUCUAGCACUCGCUUGAAAAUCCGAUACAUAAAUGAAAUGUUGAUCAAAGGAAUCAAAGUGAUCGCGCUUCUGCUGCGUCGGUAACUUCCAUGCUAUAUUUGCUAUAUUUCUCACUUUUACUUCAUCACUGAGCGAUAAAAAUGCAUAUGGUUCAUGAUCAGCCAGUGUAGCAUCUCUACUUCCUAUACGCUGCCUUGCAGAAAUAUUUCUCAGUUUAGUAGAACAGAAACGUGUUAUUGUAUAUUGUGCUUUAAAAUUUCAAGUCAGUGGGCAAUUUCAGCCAGGAGUCUCGUAAUGUGCAAAUCUUACAUGCAAGUUUUUACUGUAAUGUAAUAGACGUCAAGUGAGACACGUUUGGAGCAGACAUAGCGUUUAAAGAACUUAAAUUUUUAAGAACAGACAUUUUUAAGGCCUCGUCAUUGGCAGUCUCCGACGCAGACGUGCUCUUAGGGCUCUGUCACCCUUCGUGAGAGGCUUUUGUGUAGUUUGGUGACCCAGUAUUUUCCAUUGCUUAUAUACUCAAAAGGUAAAAAAUCUAGAGAUGAAAUAAAAUUAACUCCUGACUGGAUGAACCCGAGGUUUUCAAGGACAGCUCUAUAGCCUGCGAGCAAUAAGGGUCAAGCGUGAUGAACUUUUGCCACUCAUGAUUUCCAAAUAGAGAGCUUUUCGCUUGCUGUGAACAUCAACCCCAGCUAUUUUAUAGCAAUACUUAGGUGAAUACUUCACCCAGGAGAAGUUAAAAAAGCACCCUAAGCCCCUGGAUUAUACCGCCUCCAUAAAGCCCAAAACAAAUACAACAUUUUUCUUUUUCAACAUUACCAUUCCUUUUUAGAAUGUACCUUCAUUAUGCAAUUUCAAUUUCUCUUAGAUCCCAGGGCCACACGGUAAAGGACGAUUUGGAAGUGUGGAUGUCGUUUCAGAAGCACCGCACUGUUCCGCCGUUCCCUGGUCAUGCUGGGGGCACUGCCAGGAGCUGGCCAAACUCAAGACCAGCUGGAGGUAUGUGCAAGCUAUCCUUCUCGUUCGGGACACAUUUUUGUCAUUUUUCUCCGAACGGAUAAUGAACGACGGGUCUGAGCUCCCUAAAACGGUCGCUAAGUUGGACCCUACCGUUCUUUAGUCAUUUACCAUACUAGAAAUCCUCUGAUAAGCCCGGGGGAGGGGGGGGUAUCUAUUUCAAGCACGUUUGAGGGGGAGGGGAGUUUGAUGGAGAGGGGGGUUUUAGGGCUUAUUUGAGAGAGGGGCUUAAUAGAGAGAGACCUUACCAUCAUUUAGCUCUCUGUAGGGUCUGUAGGGCGGUCAACGAGUCUUUCCAAAGAUACCGUUGAACCUCUAUGCGCGACCACCUCUCGUAAGCAACCACGUUUCAUAAGCGACCAUCUUACCAAAACACCAAAACUUUCCAAGGCAAAGGCUUAAAGUUGGAACCUCUCGUAAACGACCACCUCAUGUAGCCGACCGCAAUCACUUUUUGGGCCUGAAAGUUAAUGAUUUUCCAUUGUUUUUAAGCUCAUGUAAGCGACCACUUGACGCAUUCUCUAAUCUCUGUGUUAGCUGUGUGCACUGACUGUGCUACUUUGAAUAUACGAAGAACUUUAGUAACAACAUGAAACUACUCAUGGCGUAACUUACUGAAUGUAAUAAAUUAUCUUCCAAAAAGUAGAUGUGCCCGAACCUCUUCUCGGAAGAAGCCCCGUGUGGUUUUAAGCGACCACUAUAAGUCUUUGCAUUUUGGGUGGUUGCUUACGGGAGGUUCGAAUGUACUAAACGCUUCAUACAACUGCAAUGCACGUUACACCUCUUACUCCCCUGUACUGUGGACACCGAAGCCCAGUCCGUAUUAAAGCAGUUUCACUUUGCUAAUAGCCGUUGAGCGUGGGCUUAAUGUUACCUUCUCUCAAAUCAGCGGCAUUUACAGUAGAUGACAUUUGAUCUGAUAUUUUCUUUUGGAAUUAUACAAAAUUUCAUUGAAGUUGCAAGAAGUUGCUGCUUUUGCAGCUAUAACACUGUGCGCAAUGGCUGCGAAGCAUUGUUUGGUCAGGCUUUUUACUGCCUUUCUAUCAGCCGAACAAAGGGAAGUAAAAACCGAUAAUGCAUGUGUGCACUUGGCAGUACUUUUAAGGCAUGUCGUGAAAUGUACAAUGCUAUAAAUUGCUGGUCUAAAUUUGCAAUCGCCAGCAAAAUAUAGCCUCUUCUCGAACUGCUCUUUCUUUUUUACUCGGAUCCUUCACGGACAGUGGUUUUAGCCCAAAACGGCCGGGUUUGCAGCUGCCUCAACAUGCAUUGCCCUGUAAAACAGAACGUUUUGCAUUCGAUGGCAACUUUAUUUUAAACUUAAGCUCGCGCAUGACCUUGUAUCGCGCUAUUUGUUUUCGAAUGACGAAUUUCGGUCGUUAGUGUCUCAUGUGCAAAUUGAUGAAAACAGCCAACUGAACCACCUCCUGGAAAGUCUCGGUCAGAAUUGAAAAGUAAUGUCCUGAAUACACGUUACAUUAUAUUAUAUAAAGCAACCAGGCAGAUAGGUCUUUGCACCAUCAUCUGCUUUUCAGUGAGCGACACAAGGUUUUGAUGAAAUUGGUAACAAUGGUGUUAUUUUGAACAGUUUCCACCCUGGAAUUGGGCUUCAUCAAUCGGCGAGCAGUGUCAACCACUGAAUCACGUGCCAGAGGGCUUCCACCAAUCACAGACAAGCCUAGGCCAGGAAACAGAAAAGUUGGAUUAAGAGAUGGUAGACAGGAAAAACAACAGCUCUGUUGGGCCAGAAGUUGGGCAGGAGUCCGCGCGGAACAAACAAACGUUCACGCUAAAGGUUGCACGGUUUGUACUACGCAUAAUAGAAGAAGUCACCUGGGCCCUUUGAAAAACUCAGGCUUGAAAAUUGCACACAAAAACAAAGUGUUAGCGAUGAAUGAAAAAGAGGCAGUGUUAUUUAAGAGACUAAAAGGAAUCUACGCAAACUCUACGGAAAAGACUUUACGGGUUCAGCGACUUCAGAAUAAUAUUAAUUCAUUACAGUCGAGAACUCUUCACUCAGAAAUAGAUUAUAGUUUAAGAGAGUUUAAAAAGAAACAAGAAGAUGACAAGAGGAAUAGAUCAGAACUCAAACGAGUCCGAGAAAGGUUUUCAAAGGAUAGAGAACACCGUCGCAAGAGUUCUUACGUGAGUUUAAGCGCACUAGAGUGUCCACAAGUGUCCCGGCAGGCGUAUGGGCUCCCCGAGGAUGGCCAUGAAUAUAGACAGUCUAGCGUGAUGCAACAUGCUCAAGAAAAGCUGCGUGAUAUUUGGAAAAAUGCUAUGAAACGCGCUGUCAUUGUCGAUAAAAUGAUAGGUGUGAUGAAAAAAGAGAAAGAGCCGUUACCUCAGAUUAAAGUACGGAGAAAAAGCAUGGCUCAAAAAGAAGCAAGGUCCCCCAGUCCAGUAAAAGAAGGUAGGCCAGAGUUCUGGUUAAUUUAGGCCCCGUCGACACUAACGCGUUUUCGUUUGAAAACGCAUACGGAUCGAUGCGUUUAGGCCUUCCGUCCACACUAAUAAGCUGAGCGCGUUUUCAUCGGAAACGCAUCUAUUUGAAAAAGCUCUUGAAAGUGGAUCAAACGAAAGCGCAUGGCCUAUCGUAUUAGUGUCGAGUGUCCAAAAACGGUCGAAAACGCAUCAAAAUGAAAACGAUGACCGAAAAUAUUGCACGCGCGUGUGUUUGUAGCAUGCACAUUGUUUUCAAACCUUUUAGUGUAUAGCCGAAAACGUAUCAAAGCCGGGGACGUAUAUCGAUCGAUGUGUUGUCGAUGACAACUGAACACAUACUUUUGAAAAGGCAUAAGUGUGGACAGGUCCUUAGUUUUCCAUACUUGUCACUACUUUGACCAGGAACUCAAGUUAUAUGUAAGGAGUCACAUCAAUGAGAUGUAUUUUCAUAUUCAAUAAAGACCUAAUAGCCGACACCUACAGUACACUUGUUAACGUCCACUUACGUGUAAUACAAAGUUUCAGACAUUGACAUUCCUGUCAGUUUUUGUACUUGGGAUGAAUAGUUAAAAAAACACAGAGCAAAAUUAGUCAGAUAUCUAAUAUCAAAAAUUGUCCAAAAUCCUAUUUCUACAUAAUUUCUCGGUCUAAGAUAGCUUAGGGCUCCAAAUCCGCGCAAUGGCCCUCUUCCAUUUGUAUUUCAUGGAUAUUUUCAUUGGCCUAGAGUUUUUAGCGGUUAAAUUAAGAUUAGUUCUCACUGUCAAUGAUCAUUUUUGUAGCGCUCCAAGAGAGAGACUCCAUGGAAACAGUGAAUCAGCUUGAAGUGGUUCUUGGAGAAAUUGAUGCUAUGUCCACAGGUACGACUCGCAAAAUAUGCUACAAACUUUUUGUCUAGCCUAUAAGUCCUGAUAUUAUACGAGGCUCCGCGUGAUUUUCGAAGCGAACUAUAACACUGCUUAAAAUUCUUAUUUGUGUUUAAAAAUAACUGGCUGAUUGUACGAGUGAAUUUCGCGAGGCGUCUUAUCUUUGGAAAAUCAUGGUAGUGACGAAUUUUGUGUUCCACUCUCCCACCGAAGUAACGCUGCAUUUUUGAAAAAAACGAAUCCCUCUUACUAUACUCUACAGUCUAUCGACCCUCAGAAAAUCCUUUAGUCUGUCAUACACCGAGUCAGUGUGUAAGAUUGUCAGUCAGCCCGGUAUAAGUCGUUAGUUUGUCAGUUAGUCCGACAGAGAGAUAUAGUUAUUUACUUCAGUAGUCAGACAGACGUUAGACCCGUCGGUUUUUCACUCAGGCAGUAGGUUCGUAAGACAGUUUAUCAGCCAGACAGUAAAGCGGUCAAGUCAGACAAGGACAGACAGACAGUCAGUUCUACAGUCGAUGGAACCAGUCAGUUAGUGAGUAAACUAUCCAAAUGGAUGGGUCAAUCACUCUCCUCUCAGCUCUUUAAUGUUUUUUGUUUGCUAUGGUAAGUUAGUGACAUUUGUUUCAUUUCAAUUGCAGUGAUAUCAGAAUCAGAUGAAGAUCUUACGGACACUGAAGAAGAAUUUGAUUAACGUUCUCCUCCAAUAUUCAUAAUAUAAAAGUUAAAGAUACAAAACUGUGCGCAAAAGUUAAGCUUAGCAAAGAAGUUAAAACUUCUUACCUAUGUCUUUUCCGUAUCAUCGUAUACCAAGGUUUGAAAACAGUUCUAACUUGCCCAGAGUAUUUACUAGGAAUAUUA